AUGAUAAUAUGUACAGUUCUGAUUUUUAUAAUAUUUCAAGCACAAACUUCGAAUGAAGCUACACUCGAACUUUCUGAAGCCAAAUACAUCGCUUUCAGUUUGCUGGGAGAUUUAGCAAUUUCCAAGCCAACUAAUGAAAAUCUUCGAAAAAUAAUAACAGAUCCAUUCAGAGAGAAUGAUUAUGCAAUACCUUUAAGUUUAUUGCUCAAAAGAUACAAAAAAACAAAGAAAAAUGCAAAACAUCUAGAUGAUCCAAUGUUAGAACAUCGUUUCGAAAAACAUUAUAAUGAUAGAAGAGCGAUUUUUUACAAAGCGUUAAAACGAAGCGACGAAGUAUUGUUCAACAAUACAUUCAACAAAUAUGAUCAAAAAUAUUACAAUGAAUGGGUUGACAAAAGUGGUUUAAUUAUGAAUGAAGAAGAGCGGAAAAUAAUUGAAGAUAGUGUAACUGACAUCAAAAUUACUGGAUGGAAUUUUACAUUUCGAUAUAAGAAAAUUGCAAAGAAAUAUGGAGUUGUGAAUAUUAAGAAAAGUUUUUAUUUGAGUUCGCUAAUGGAGGAUAGUUAUUAUUAUGGUUAUACAGUUGAAUAG